AUGGCGAGUGCGACGGAGGGAGGAGGAUUGAUGAGUUUCACGGUGGCUUCAGUAAUGGAGGAUGUGUUGCAGCAACACGGAAAUGGAUUGGGAGAUCAUGAUUUAGAGUAUCGUCGAGCUGAAGAAGCUGCGUCGAGGAGAUAUGAGGCGGCUAAUUGGCUGAGGAAGAUGGUUGGAGUUGUGGGAGCUAAAGAUUUGCCUGCUGAGCCAACAGAAGAAGGGUUUAGGCUUGGAUUAAGAAGUGGGAUUAUACUUUGUAAAGUCCUUAAUAAGGUCCAACCUGGGGCUAUUUCAAAGGUUGUGGAAAGUCCUUGUGAUGCUAUUCUUGUUGCGGAUGGAGCGCCGUUAUCGGCGUUUCAGUAUUUUGAGAAUGUUAGGAACUUCCUUGUUGCUAUUCAGGAAAUGGGGUUUCCAACAUUUGAAGCAUCUGAUCUUGAGCAAGGAGGAAAAGCUUCUCGUAUUGUGAAUUGUGUUUUGGCAAUCAAAUCGUAUGAUGAAUGGAAACAAAGUGGUGGAAUUGGAGUUUGGAAAUUUGGUGGUAGCAUAAAGCCUCCUUCACUUGGGAAAUCAUCAUUUGUGAGGAAAAACUCAGAGCCGUUCAUGAAUUCUUUAUCUAGAACCUCAUCCAUCAACAACGAGAAAUCUCUCUCUGAGACUGAUUCUAACAAACUGUCCAAUUCAGGUUCCUUGAGCACACUUGUUCGCGCUGUUCUAUCAGAUAAAAAGCCUGAGGAUGUGCCCAAACUGAUUGAAACUCUACUAAGCAAAGUAGUCGAAGAGUUUGAAAAUCGAGUUACUAAUCAGUAUGAGUUGGUUAGAGCAGCUCCAAGAGAAUCAACUUCUUCACCUAACAACAGAUCCUUUCUUAAACCUCUUGGUGAAAGAGAGAGGGAAGAGAAGAGUUUCAAAGCUAUAAAGAAAGAUGAAACCAUUCAGAAAAGUCAGAUUGUUGAAGAAGAGAAGAAAAAUCGACAAUUUAAACAACUGACAAUCUUCAACCAACAACAAGAAGAUAUAGAAGGACUAAGGCAGACACUUUACACUACAAGGGCUGGUAUGCAAUUUAUGCAGAAGAAAUUUCAAGAAGAGUUCUCUUCUCUUGGUAUGCACAUUCAUGGCCUUGCUCAUGCUGCUUCUGGCUAUCACCGAGUUCUUGAAGAAAACCGGAAACUUUAUAAUCAGGUGCAGGACCUCAAGGGUAGCAUCCGUGUAUAUUGUCGGGUACGACCAUUUUUGCCUGGACAAUCCAACUUUUCUAGUACUAUUGGGAACAUGGAGGAUGAUACCAUAUCAAUUAAUACUGCAUCAAGACAUGGAAAGUCACUAAAAUCUUUCACUUUCAACAAAGUCUUUGGGCCGUCCGCGUCUCAAGAAGAGGUGUUCUCUGAUAUGCAGCCAUUGAUCCGUUCUGUUCUUGAUGGAUACAAUGUCUGCAUAUUUGCAUAUGGUCAAACUGGAUCAGGAAAAACAUUCACAAUGAGUGGACCAAGAGAUCUAACGGAGAAGAGUCAAGGAGUUAAUUACAGAGCACUUGGUGAUCUGUUUCUUCUUGCUGAACAAAGAAAAGACACAAUCCGUUAUGAUAUUGCUGUUCAGAUGAUUGAGAUUUACAAUGAGCACGUCAGAGACCUUCUGGUUACUGAUGGAAGCAACAAAAGAUAUCCUUUUUCAUCAAAUGAGAUCAGGAAUAGCUCUCAAAAGGGUCUAAGUGUACCGGAUGCAAGUCUUGUGCCGGUUUCUUCAACAUUUGAUGUUAUUGAUCUGAUGAAAGUUGGGCAUAAGAAUCGUGCUGUUGGAUCAACAGCUUUGAAUGAUCGAAGCAGCCGCUCUCAUAGCUGCUUGACUGUUCAUGUUCAAGGAAGAGACUUAACUUCAGGAGCUGUUCUUCGCGGAUGUAUGCACCUUGUGGAUCUAGCAGGCAGUGAAAGGGUAGACAAAUCCGAGGUUACUGGAGACAGACUAAAAGAAGCACAACAUAUCAAUAGAUCCCUCUCUGCUUUAGGAGAUGUGAUUGCUUCACUAGCUCACAAGAAUCCACAUGUUCCUUACAGAAACAGCAAACUCACUCAACUCCUUCAGGACUCUCUUGGAGGACAAGCAAAGACAUUGAUGUUUGUCCACAUUAGUCCUGAGGCAGAUGCAGUUGGGGAAACAAUAAGCACUUUGAAGUUUGCAGAGAGAGUAGCUACAGUUGAGCUUGGUGCCGCUCGAGUGAACAACGAUACUUCAGAUGUUAAGGAACUCAAAGAACAGGUUGCUACUCUUAAAGCCGCACUCGCAAGAAAAGAAGCAGAGUCACAACAGAACAAGAUCUUAACAACUCCUACUGGCUCUGAGAAACACAAAACCAAAACUGGUGAAGUAGAGAUUCAUAACAAUAACAUCAUGACAAAGAAAUCCGAGAGCUGUGAAGUAGAGGAGAUUACAGUGAACUCACCACCUUGGCCACCAGUAGCAAGUCCAGGCCAAACCUACAGAGACGAAGACCGAAGUUUCGGGUCAAGCGAGUGGGUUGAUAAGGUAAUGGUGAAUAACAGACAAGACGAGAUGAGAAGAGUAGAGAGUCUUUGGGGAGGAGGAGGAACAACAACAGACAAUGGGAUUAGUAUUCUUCCUGAAGAUUUUUACAGGAGAGAUCUUUCUUCAGACACUUCAAGAAUAUUCUCUGAACAUUCUUACAACAUCUUCAUGGGAAACAACAACAUCACAGAUGAUCUAGAUGCAGUCACAAGUGACUCAUCUGAGCCAGAUUUGCUCUGGCAAUUUAACCAAUCCUCCAAGAUAACAACAACAACAAGCACUAUCGAGUCAAAACCAAAGAAACCAGUCUCAAAACCGAUAAAAAGUCCUCAAUUCAGGAACUCGAACACGGUUUCACGUCCUUUAGCUUCGCAGAAGCUCACGAAUGGUACUCGUGGCACGAAACAGUUAGGUCCUGCUGAUAUGAAGAGAAAAGCUAGCGUAAGACAUUGA